CUUUGACAAAAAAAAUGAAAUUUAAGCAUAAUUGUAUAUUUGUGUAGAAAAUAAUAAAGAGAGAAGCAAGCCCGUGAGUGGAGCGCGAGACCAGAAGAGACGACGACUCUAACUCAACCCAAAAUCAACUCUCUUACGGACCAUUUACUUACUUAGAUCUCUGCUUUAACUGCAAACAAUUUUCAAACUCAACCCAAAAUUAACUCUCCUAUUGUUCUUCUUCAAUUCGGUGAAUGAACUGUCUCAACAAAACAGCAUUCAAAAUGAUCAGCUUCGUUUUACUGUCGUCAUAAUGCUUUAGUUUAACAGUUAAACGAGUCUGGUCCGAUUAAGCCAAAUAUGGACUCCGAAACGGCGUCGUCUGUGGACGAACAAGUCGGUGGUGGCGGUGGUGGUGGUUCAGUUGGAGCUGAUACGAGAGGGAGACAUCGGAUUCUUGCUGAACUUAAGCGCGUCGAACAAGAAAUUAAAUUCUACCAGGAAGAAAUGGAGGAGCUAGAGAACACAGAAAAUGUGUCAUCAGUCUGUGCAGAAUUGCUACGUAAUAUUCAGGCUAUACCAGAUCCAUUACUCUCAGAAACAAUUGGCCCUCUAAACCCGAUAUGGGAUCGAUGGUUUGAAGGACCACCCCCGGAUUCUGAUGGUUGUCGAUGCUGGAUACUUUGAUUUCUACUGUUUGAAACACAGUUGUUAGGUCACUCAGUUAAUUUAGAAUCUCUUCAUCUUCAAAAUAUAAUUUGUAAAUCAAGCUUAUUGUUGCGGCGAAGAACUAUUUAUGACAUUUUGCUUUUCCAGAAAGAAAAAAGAAAAUAUGUGCAGAUGAAAAACAGUGAUUGUAUCUCUGAUUAGCAUUCAAUUUCAUUUCGUAUUAUAACA